AGGAUGACUACAAAAAGAGGGGUACUGAUAAUUUGAGAUUACCCUAGUUGAAACCCGGAACAGCAGGAUUAUGCGAACUCGUUCCAAAGCCCAAAAGGGCCCAAUACAGUUGGGCCGAACAUUUCUCACUAGGCCCAUUUCACAGGUCUGAAAAUAAAAGCUGUGGCGCCUAACUGCCAUUCAAACGUUAACUACCAUUCUUCUUCUGAGUUUCAUAUCCGAAUCAUGGAGAAGCAGAAGCUGAAACAACUCUUACUCUCUCAUCCUUCCACGUUACACUUCCUACUGUUUCAACUCGGUCGAUUCCUCUGUAAACUCGGUCAUAACUCAGCCGCUAUGCUCAAAGGCAAGCUCAAGCUUCCAGCUCCGGACAAGGUUGGGAGGGUCUUUCCCGACCGUCUCGACAGCUUGGUCUCAGGGUUCUACGAAAAAGGCCAUGAAAUCGAAGGCUCUGAGUUUAAACUUGAGUCCGGCGAGGAGCUCGAGCCAGUUCAGCCCGGCGAGUUAGGAUUUCACAUGGAGAGUGAUGAUGAUGAUGACAAGGAGCGAAAAAUUCGGCAGAGACCGAACAGAGAUUCUGUCACUCAGGUUUCGGUGUUGAAAUCCGUUUCAGAGGAAGAGAAAAGAUCAGAUCUGGAAUACGAGCUUUCUCAAAGGGAGAUAAAUUUGGAAAAGUUGCAAAGAAUUGCCAACAUUGGUAUUCCUGAUGGAGGAGGUUUGCGUGCAACGGCUUGGAAGCUACUCUUGGGUUACUUACCUUCAUCUCAUGACUUGUGGGACAAGAAACUAAAAGAGAAUAGGCAAAAGUAUGCUAAUCUGAAAGAGGAUCUUCUCUGCAAUCCGUCAAGACAUAUUUGGAAGGAAUGUGAGGAAUUAAGUUCAACAAGGCGGCAUGAGGACAAUGAUGUUGAUGGCCCCCUUAGGCGACAUGAAAUUUCUCACGAAGAUCACCCUUUGAGCCUUGGUAAGGCUAGUCUUUGGAGUCAAUAUUUUCAGUAUACAGAGAUCGUAGAACAGAUAGAUCGAGAUCUGCAGCGUACACAUCCAGAUUUGCCAUUUUUCUCAGGGGAGUCAUCAAUUAGUUGCAAAAAUAGGGAAGCGAUGAAGAAUAUCCUUCUCCUUUUUGCAAAGUUAAAUCCUGAGAUUCGUUAUGUGCAAGGCAUGAACGAGGUCUUGGCACCAAUAUACUAUGUAUUUAGUACUGACCCCGACAAGCAAAAUGCUGCAAAUGUAGAAGCAGAUAGUUUUUCUUGUUUUGUUCGAAUUUUGGGUGACUCAGUGGAUCAUUUCUGCCAACAAUUGGAUAAUAGUUCAAGUGGCAUCCUUGCUACACUUUCUCGCUUGUCAGAUUUAUUAGAAGUAAAUGAUGAACAAUUAUGGCGUCAUCUUGAAUUGAGAACAAAGGUUAAACCACAAUUCUAUGCAUUCCGAUGGAUUACACUCCUACUCACGCAAGAGUUCAAAUUUGAGUCUAUCUUGAGAAUAUGGGAUACACUUCUGAGUAACCCUUUUGGUGUUCAGGAUAUGCUUCUUCGGAUCUGUUGCGCAAUGCUACUUUGCGUGAAAAGCAAACUGCUAAGUGGUGAUUUUGUGACCAAUAUAAAACUUUUACAACACUACCCUGAUGAUAUUAACGUAGAAUACCUGCUCCAGGUUGCCAAGGAUAUUAGUCCUGACACAUCUAAUUAUUGUUUAUCACUUUGAUUUAUUACACUGAUUAUUUUUUUUUGUAUAAUUUCAUCAAAUUAUCAUGUUUUGAAUCUGAAGUACUGAGUGACCGA